CCUAAUAAGAAGAGCGAGAUGGUCAUGAUCAUGAUGAUGAUCAGCAGCCAGACGUUCGUAGGAAAUAUGUAUUUAAAGUCUCAGAUGCGCUGUUAACGUUUGCGUUUCUGAUAACCUUUAACAUUACUUUUGCUUUUGAUAUUGUAGCAUAUUAUAUCAUAUUGACGGAUCCCUGCUUCGAUUGGCCACAUAUCUACUACUGUUCAGUUCCUUUCAUCCGCGUACGAUACGUAUUAGGAGAAUUGGAUAUUUUAUCACACUUUAUAAUUUCUUAUAUUUACAUCAUACAUACCUAGGUACUCAUACAUACAAAUACACAAACAUAUACACACAUUCACAUUCACAUAUCAUACGAAAUGGGUUCAACAACUCCAAUUCCAAACGAAAGACCAGAGGGAGAGAUAUCAAAACCUUGGAUUAGAACUCCCUUGGUAAGAUCAGCUGCAUUGUCCAGAGUUGCCGGCUGGUGAGUUUUCCCAAUGUGCUUUUUUGUUUCUUGGUGGUAUAGGACUGGGACUAAUGGGAUAUACUAGUAAUGUGUGGCUUAAACUUGAGAAUUUGCGUAUGUAUUCGAUGGGUUUUCUUUUUUUUGAUUGUUGGAUGAUAUCGUGCUGUUGCAGCUUUGCGCUCGUGUGCAUGAUCAACCAUCUCGUUGCGUCUGGUUUCGUUUCCGCUCUAUCACUAUACUUCCCCUCUACUCCCCCUAUCAAACUAUUUCCCACUCCAACCCAACAUCACGCUCCUCCUCCCCACCCAUCAUAAAACCCACCUAACAACCCCCAGAACCCUCCGGCUCCUUCAAAUCCCGAGGCAUAGGAAACCUACUCCUCCGGUCCCUGCCCGCGGAUCCCCACACCCAAGUACACUUCUACUGUUCCUCGGGCGGCAACGCUGGCCUCGCCUGCGCGCACGCCGCAUUCUCCCUCCAACGCCCCUGCACCAUCGUAGUCCCUAUCACCACCCCCGCAAACAUGAUCUCCAAGAUCCGACUCCUCAACGCAGAAGUCAUACAAACCGGCAAACACUGGAGCGAAGCCGACCGCUAUCUCCGCGAGGAUUUACUCGCCCAUGAUACGAAUGGUGUGUACGUGCCACCAUUUGACCACCCGGAUAUCUGGGAGGGAAAUAGUGGAGUCAUGGAGGAGAUUGAAGAGGAAGUGCGGGAAUUGGGAUGGGGGAGUUUGGAUGCGGUGGUUUGUAGUGUGGGGGGUGGCGGGCUGUUUAAUGGAAUCAUGAAGAGUUUGGAGCGGAGGGCGAGGCUGGGCGUUCAGAGUCCCACGAAGAUUCUUGGUGUGGAGACGCAGGGAACGGCGAGUUUUCAUGAGGCGUUGAAGAGAGGGGAACUGGUGAGGUUGGAUGGUAUCAAUAGUAUUGCUACGUCGUUGGGAGCUACGCAAAUAGCGGCGAAAUCGCUAGAGUGGGGAUUGAAAUAUAAGAAGAAUGUGAGGAGUGUGGUUUUAAGUGACGCGGAAAGUGUGAGUGGUAUGGUGUGGAUGGCAGACGAGGAGAGAAUUGUGAGUUUAAUCCUUCCACUUUACUUAAUUCUUGGUCUCAGUUUACUAAUCCAAAUACAGCUGGUUGAAAGCGCAUGCGGCGUAAGCGUCGCAGUGGCUAUUAAUGGUGUGUUGAAAGAAAUAUUAGAGGAAGAUGGGGAAAAUGUCGAGAGAAAAAAUGCAGUGAUAGUGGUUUGUGGAGGAAGUAAUAUUUCAUUAAAGACAUUGGCGGAAUACAGAGAGAGGUUUGGCGUUUGAAAGCUUCUGAGCAUGUUUUUCUUUUUCAUUCUAGGUUCGAGGGCGAAAUCAUAAUGCAAUAUUGGGUUAGAGGCGUUUUUGAGGAAACAUUGCAUAGGUUAUAAAUUCCAGAUAUAUCAAAAUUUCAAGUAUUCUCGGGAGAUUAAUAUGGGAAACUCUUUUACGUAUCAAGCUAUGUUAGAUGCGAUGACGGAAGGAAAUUAUGUGGUUUGAAUAGCUGGAAAUGAAAUAUUCAAACAGGUAUACGCCUUCUAAAUGGGUUAGA